AGAUCAGAAGGUGCAGCUCAUGCAAACAGGAAAAACAGUACAAAUUAACCAUCUUCUUGUGAUUGGGUUAUUGCACCAUUAUAGGUUGAAAGUGAAAUUUAGAGUAAUGUUGAGAAUGUUGCAACUACGAGAGGGUUUAAAUGCACAAGUCAGAUGUUUUGUUUACUGUGCCUUCAUCCUCACUUUGGCAGCUGUUCUGUCAGCUUACAUAGCAGCAGUUAGUCUACAUCAUGUUAUUGUGCUGAAAGAAGAAAUCUCAUCCUUGAGACAGGAAUUGGCAACGUACAAGUUUCAACUAGAUCACUUGGAAACAUUAACGGUGACCAAGGGCCUGUCAACCAACUGGAGCACUUCAAUAAAUCAGAUUAAUGAGCUCCAUGAGAAAAAACUGCAUCGAAGGGAGAAAUGGCAAGAAGAAAAAAUAAAACUUAGAGGAAGAAGAUCACUUCCUGAACAAGAGAAGCAGUCCUUUGUGCAAUUCAUUGCUGUACGUGACCAAAGACCACUUCUAAAAGUGAACGAUUGUCUGAAGUAUAUGCACGAAAGGCCACAGUCAACCUGUCGAGUUGAGCGAAGAUCUGUUUCCAAUGAAAACAGUAAACAGGAGACAACCAUCCCAUGGAUUCUAAGUUUGAAAAAUGGAAAUGCUCUUGUGAAAAAGGACAACAACAUCUUGAUCAAAGAGGCUGGCUACUUUCUGGUGUACAGUCAGGUGUGGUAUAAGGAUAAUUCAUUUACAAUGGGACAUUUUAUCCAGAGGAGAAAGGCCAAUAGUGUUGGCAGUGAACCACGAACUGUGAUCCUAUUUCGGUGUAUCCAAAAUAUGUCUGCCUGUUGCCCAAAUGAUUCUUGCUUUACAGCUGGCAUUGCAAACCUUGAAGUGGGGGAUGAACUCGAACUAAUAAUACCACGAAUUCAAGCACAAAUUGCAUUAAAGGGAGAUGGGACUUUUUUUGGGGCAAUAAAACUGCUUUAACCAUUGAUUAAGA